UGGUGACCUUCAAUAAAAAAACGGUGUAGUGUAGCUCAGUGUUCAAUCAGUUCAGUGACUUGAGAUACAAACACGCAGUAGCACAUGUACUAUAGUAAUAAAUAUUAAUAAAAAUAAUUAAUUAAUUAAAAGAAAAAUUAAAUUGAUUUAAAAAUUUAAAGUUUAUUGUGUGACAGAAUUAUUUGAAUUUGAAUUUAAAUAAAUAAUCAAAAUGGCUGACGAUGAAUUUGAUGGAGACGAUAACGCAGAUGACUUUGAAGAAGCAGAAGAGGACGACCACUUAGAUCUCGAAGCUCCAGAAGAAGAGAAUGAAAAUUUCCAAGUUUUACCUUCUGGAGAAGCUUCUGCGAGUGUGCAAAAGUCGAAACGUAUUACGACACGUUAUAUGACCAAGUAUGAAAGAGCACGAGUGUUAGGCACAAGAGCUUUGCAAAUUGCGAUGUGCGCUCCGGUUAUGGUGGAGCUGGAAGGAGAAACUGAUCCCUUGCAAAUUGCCAUGAAGGAAUUGAAGCAAAGGAAAAUUCCAAUCGUCAUCAGAAGAUAUCUGCCUGACAACAGCUACGAAGACUGGGGCAUUGAUGAAUUAAUUAUUAUUGAUCACUAAUUUUCAUUUAAUUAAUUUAAAAAUAUACUUUUUCUUUUCAUGUAUAUAAUUUAAUAAAAUUUUUUAUUUAACUCUCUUUCA